UAACUAUUAAACGUGAACGCAGCAUAACUUCCGCUUUGUCUACGUGCGGCGGCCAUAUUACAAUUCCGUGCUUCAAGGGUAUCUGAAGACAUCAGGCUAGGCAACAUGUACCGGUUUGGUAAAGCUGCAGUGAACAUCAGCGGCCAGGCCAUGCGGCAGGUGAGGCAUGGAUCCAACCUCCCCCAGAACUUCCACUCAAAGUACGGUGCCGGUGUGUUGGUUAGUGGAGCCAUCUUCUGCACAGCCGUGUGGGGAUACGUGCUAACUUCGACUGGCAUCACCUGGAAUCUGUCACCUGUCGGGAAGAUCCAGCCCAAACCGUGGAGAGAGGAGUGAAGAGGUGCCAUGACGGAGCUACCUUCCAUCCAACCCUUCUGUUUGUACAGAUGAAUAAAAUAUCUGCGUGUUCAGACAGCAAAUGCUCUUGUUUAUUCCAACAUGUUUCUUUGUCCAAAUAAAUUAAGUGUGAUUCUACUGACUCCAUCUGUUUGAAUAAAGUUAUUAGUUGGCUUGAUAUCAGACAGAACUGUUUGGAACUGAGGAAAAGUGAGUUGCUGAAGGGCAUUAAAACAUUACAAUAAUACAGAUUUUACUACCUCCCGUGUGUUUUUAUUAGGCUUUUUAACAGAGGCUUAAGACAUUUGAAGGGAGUAAUAUGGUAAUAUAAAAUUACAAGGUCUGUGUGAUCAUGAGAAAUACUGUUACAUGAGAAAUACAGGCCUGAAAAACGAAAAUAACCCAGAAAGCUUUGAAUACCAGUGUAGUCAGAUUUUUAGUACACUCACUGGUACCAACCCAUGUAGUUGACUUGAGAUGAAGUUGAAGAAUUUGGAGGUCAUCCUUCAUUAUUCCAUCCAUUUGUGUUCAAUGUACCAGUACCACUGUACCAGCCCCAGAGCAUGAUGCUAUCUUUUUCAGGACCUUUGCAAAGUGGUGACACAUUUUCUAACUAAUGUACUCAGUACAUCUAAUAUAUUCAUCCAAGGAUGUGUAUACAAUAAAUAAUCUGUUAAAA